AUGUGUUCCUCUGAAGAGCUGUGGAACUCCACCAAGCAGGUCUGGAUCAACGGCUCCCAGGUGAACUUCUCUCUGGGCAGAUGUGGGGACAAUGACGAGGAGGAGGAAGGAGAUCAGCACCCCUUCCUCACAGAUGCCUGGCUGGUCCCCCUCUUCUUCUCCCUAAUCAUGCUGGUCGGACUGGUGGGCAACUCCCUGGUUAUUUUUGUCAUUUCCAAACACAGGCAGAUGAGGACGGCAACUAAUUUCUACAUAGCAAACCUGGCUGCCACCGACAUCAUCUUCCUGGUGUGCUGCGUCCCCUUCACUGCCACCCUCUAUCCUCUCCCUGGAUGGAUCUUUGGCAACUUCAUGUGCAAAUUUGUGGCCUUCCUACAGCAGGUGACAGUCCAAGCAACCUGUAUUACUCUGACUGCUAUGAGUGGAGACCGCUGUUAUGUCACAGUCUACCCUCUGAAAUCUCUACGCCACCGUACCCCGAGAGUAGCCAUGAUCGUCAGCAUCUGCAUUUGGAUUGGCUCCUUCAUCCUGUCCAGCCCGAUUCUACUGUAUCAGCGUAUAGAGGAGGGUUACUGGUACGGCCCGAGGCAAUACUGCAUGGAGAGAUUUCCCUCUAAAACUCAUGAGAGGGCUUUCAUCCUCUACCAGUUUAUUGCUGCCUACCUGCUGCCUGUCCUCACUAUCUCCUUCUGCUACACUCUGAUGGUGAAGAGGGUGGGUCAGCCCACUGUAGAACCUGUAGACAACAACUAUCAGGUCAACCUCCUGUCUGAGAGAACAAUAAAUAUCAGAAGCAAAGUCUCCAAGAUGGUGGUAGUUAUUGUCCUCCUCUUCGCCAUCUGCUGGGGACCCAUCCAGAUCUUCGCCCUCUUCCAGUCUUUCUAUCCCAACUACCGGCCGAACUAUGCCACAUACAAGAUCAAGACGUGGGCCAACUGCAUGUCUUAUGCCAACUCCUCAGUCAACCCCAUUGUUUAUGGUUUCAUGGGAGCCAGCUUCCAAAAGUCCUUCAGGAAAACCUUUCCUUUCCUAUUCAAGCACAAAGUCAGAGAUAGCAGCAUGGCUUCAAGGACAGCCAACGCUGAGAUCAAGUUUGUUGCUGCAGAGGAAGGCAACAAUAAUAACAGAGUGAAUUGAAUCUGACAAUAUAAAAUAGGAAAAAUUAGAUUUUUGUUUGUAUCCAGAGCAAUUGCUGCAAGAAGACAACUACAGUAAUGAUAAGCAUCAGCCAUGGGUUAAUUGUGUGAAAGUCUUAAUAGAGCAACUCUCUUGUUACAAAAUGACAGAUUAUGUUUGGCAGACACAUUUCAUUUAUGUUAAUGAAUACAACUAAUUAGCAAAUUGAUGUGGGGAUACACAAUCUCAUAAUCCCGGAUGGGCGCUAACAGUGAUUGGCACAAUAUGUUACUUUUUCCACUGCCAUGGCAAGCCGGUGUUGGCAGAAAAUAUCAUACACUGAACUG